AUGUUCGGUAAUAGGACCGCGACGGCCCUGUCCAUUCUGCAAAAGACAUAUGAUGAGAGCUACCUGACGUGCUCAACUGCCGUCUACUAUGAGAGCCAGGGAAAUGAAGGCGAGGCUAUGCGAUGCUGGCGACAGGCCCUCGAGCAAAUAUACGAUCACAAUGCCAACAGAAUCCUCCCCAGCUCCACGCCGCGUUCCGAGACCGAGAAGGCCCUGAUAGACAGCAUCCGCCAAUUGGAGCUCCAAUGUAAAGAACGGAUUGAUCUCCUCGAAGCCCUCCGCCUAUCCCGUCAAGAGACUCUUCAGGAUGUCGGGUCCUCAUCUCGAAACCAAGGGGGCCAAGGACACUCUGAACCACACGAUGUUGCGAUGCUCAAGCAAGAGGAACAGGGCUGGAUAGGGAACGGAACUAUUCCCGCUGUCACCUACACAGAACUUGCGAGGCCGGACCUGCUCAAGCGAAAGUCUGCUCAUACAAGGGUGCCUUCUUUCCAGAAGACUGCCGCCGGAGGGAAUGGGCCACAAACCGAUGAUGGUGCAUCCUCUUCGCCAUCGCGGAAAACUAUCAGUCCUAGCUCCCCACAACCUUCCCCCGAGAAGAAAUUGUCCCGCGCGUCUAGCCCAGAGAGGCAUACGAUGCGCACCACUUUGCGCUCGAGCCGACUUGGCGAGAAGCCUACCAAGACAACUCUGCGACGACCCCACCAGAAACCACCAGAUGGCCCGGGAGCCGGGAAAGCUGCUGUAUUGGCAUGGGGUUUGCUCGGCCAGCGAGAUGCGGCCGACCAGAGCCCAGCGGAUGGUCAGGAACUGCCACGCCCACCUGGGAGCCAGCCAGCCUCGUCCGAGUCACCGCGUAAAAGCUCAGAAUCGCUAUACAAGACAUGGGAUAGCAACUCCAGGAGACUCACCACUCCCCGAACUCGAAGCCCGGUGAAACCAUCCGAUCGCAGGGUGAGUACUGAUCUAACGGAUUCACGGCAGGCUGAGGGUUAUCCAUUCUCUCGGCCUUCGCCUGUAUCCGUGAGCGCAGCCUCUAGUGCUCUGAGCUCGCUUGCGCUGAGGGAGAACCAAGAGCGGCAAUCUCCAGUCCGGGAACAAACACCCAGAAGGCGGACUGCCCACCCGCAGACACCACAAAUGAAGAAGUCGAGGGAAUUCUCAGGUGCAGACCUAAGCUUUCCGGAGGUGACAAGGAGGCCCCCGAUAGGUAGGAAGACGUCGGAUCCCGCUAUAGUUUCGCGACGAGCAGAGUCGAAAAUGAACUCUGCGACGAGGGCCAAGCCUAGCCGCACUCCAUCUAGUAGAAGCAUCACCACGACGCCAGUGGGGAGCAAGCGGAGAGAGAACAGGGUAGGGCUGGCUUCCUCCCCGCCGACUGGUGAUUUUUCUUCCUCGUCCUCCGACAUUCCAGUAAAGUCUUCGAGGCACAAAGGUAGCAACGGCCGGCAAAGAGAAACAUCCAUAGUCGCUGACUCCCUGGCUGAGCUUUCUGACAGCUCAACAGAGGAUGAGCAAACAAAGGCCGCAAAGUCGUGGAAAAAGAGGAAGGCCACAGUCCUCAAGCAACUUCCACCAGGAGUCGAUCAACAUGCGGCGAAGCAGAUACUCAACGAGAUCAUCGUUCAAGGUGACGAGGUUCACUGGACCGACAUCGCCGGUUUGGAAGUAGCCAAAAAUGCCCUGCGAGAGACGGUCGUCUACCCUUUUCUCCGCCCUGACCUCUUCAUGGGGCUGCGCGAGCCCGCUAGAGGCAUGCUACUCUUCGGGCCGCCGGGCACGGGCAAGACCAUGCUGGCGCGCGCGGUCGCAACCGAAUCCAAGUCAACGUUCUUCUCUAUUUCAGCCAGCAGUCUCACCAGCAAGUACCUGGGAGAGUCCGAGAAGCUUGUCCGCGCCCUCUUUGCAUUAGCCAAAGUGUUUGCGCCGAGUAUCAUUUUUGUCGACGAGAUCGACUCCCUGUUAUCUCAGCGGUCGGGAACAGGUGAACAUGAAGCCACGCGGAGAAUCAAGACUGAGUUUCUGAUUCAGUGGAGUGAUCUCCAGCGCGCAGCGGCCGGGAGAGAGUUAGGAGAGAAGGAUAAGGAACGCGGGGACGCGAAUAGGGUGCUUGUUCUUGCAGCCACCAACCUGCCGUGGGCGAUUGACGAGGCGGCGAGAAGGAGGUUUGUGAGGCGCCAGUAUAUACCGCUUCCCGAGGCCGAGACGCGAGCGGUUCAACUCAAGACGCUAUUGAAACAACAAAAACACACAUUGAGCGAUGCCGACAUCGACACCCUCGUGGGGUUUUCAGGCUCGGAUAUCACGGCGCUGGCCAAGGACGCAGCUAUGGGUCCGCUGCGGUCUCUUGGGGAGGCCUUACUACACAUGACCAUGGAUGAAAUACGACCCAUGGAAGUAUCAGAUUUUGUUUCUAGCUUGUCCACUAUCAGGCCGAGCGUGAGCAAGACCGGUCUUAAGGAAUAUGAGGACUGGGCAAGGGAGUUCGGCGAAAGGGGCGGGUAG